AUGGUUAAGGAGAAAUUGAAGGACGGUGGUAGUAAUGAUCAGAGAGCUGAUUGGAAAGACCCUAAGGAACUACAAGCUUUUUGUCAGUUCUGUGCUGCUCAAGUCCUAGCCGGCCAGAGGAAAGGAGGAUUUCUGACCAAACUUGGGGUUGACAACGUGAUUGAACAGUUGGGUAACAUGGGAAAAGUGGUGACUCCACUUCAGAUUAAAAACAAAUGGGAUCAUCUGAAAAAAGGGUGGAGGGAUUAUAACCAGUGUUUUGACAAUGAGAUUGGGCUGGGUUAUGAUGCUGGAACUGGGAUGCUUGAGGCCCCUAAUGAGUGGUGGACUCGAAAGAUUGCGGCAUGUCCCUUUGCAAAAACCUUUAAAAAUAAAGGUUUGCUGAAUCGUGACUACCUGAACAUCAUGUAUGGAGGUACGGUUGCAACGGGGAAAAAUGCGUUCUGCACGAGCGGUCAAUUACCAAAGGAAACCACCGAAGGUUCUGGGGACUCUGCUGAUAGCACAGAAUUUGUUGACCCCCAAUGUGAAUCGUUUGUGAAUGUUGACGCAAUGGAGGUUGAAGGUCCAUCAUUGUCGAGGGCAAAACCAGCAGUGAGUAAGGGGAAAGGCUUGGCAACCAGUGUCCACCUUUUCAAGCCAAUGUACAAGAAAUAA